AUGAAGCUCCAGUAUCGGAAUGAAACUGUCGACCUCGAUGACGAAGAUCUCGCAGAUGAAACGGUGAGCAACCUAGCCGCAAGAUGCGCAGAUCAUAUUAAUGCCGACGUCGAACGAGUAUCCCUCCUCUUCCUCCCAAAGCCCGGACUGAUGAAGUACCCAUUCCCCGAUCGAAAGCUGAGCGAGUUCCUUACCCCUACCACGCGCAUCAAACUCGUAGGCAGCCCCAAGGCAGAGGUCAAGAAGAUGGACGAACAUGGCCGAAACGUUCCUUCGACCCGGAGAUGGCAGCUACCCAAGCCGAGGAAAUCGCAGCAUUGGCAGGAGGCCCGUGAUGCCGUCAUGUACACUUUCCAGGCAAUAGAACCCCUACCGUACCUCCCGAAUCCCGAGAAGAGUAAAAGGUUUCUCGAACGACUUGCCAACGAUCCGGGAAUCAAGUUCGCCAUGCGCAAACACAAGUUCAGUGUCUCGCUGUUGACGGAAAUGGAUCCGGCCCAGCACACGACGCACGAGUCCAGGACGUUGGGUCUAAAUCGAAAUCGAGGCGAGGUGAUUGAACUCAGGCUGCGGACCGACGCGUACGACGGGUAUAGAGACUACAAAGUGAUUCGGAAGACGCUUUGCCACGAACUUUCCCACAACGUUUGGGGCGAACAUGAUCGCAACUUUUGGGAUCUGACCAAACAGAUUGAAAAGGAGGUGGAGCAGAAUGAUACCCGACACGGUGGGCAUCGGUUGUCAAACGAGGAAUUCUACAAUCCGGAAGAUGCGUACGAUGAGACGGAGCACGCUGAUUCUGGAGGCUGGACCCAGGGUGAUUUCGUGCUUGGAAGAUCGAAAGACGGGCCCAGUGUGGCCGGACUGAGCAGGCGCGAGAUUUUGGCACAAGCAGCUAUGAUCAGGAAGGAGAAGCAGAUGGCGCAGACGGACAAUGUGCUUGCGAAAGACAAAGAUGCGAGAGAAGAACAUGAGCAGCAAGAACCGCCGACUUCAUGA